GGCGGGCUCUUAUCAGAUCUAUCGUCAAAUCUCUCGGCACGCCGGGUGAAUCACGGCCAAUCGGUACCCGAUGCUCCGUGCCUGACAGCUCUCUCCUCCGCCGCGUCGCGACCUGUCACGCCAGGAAAAUCAUGCAGCGCGCCGGUCUGUUCGCGCCUCAGACGUCCAAUUGAUGCCGUCACUGCGCCCGCUCCAGUCGCAGCCCUUUCGCCCUGCGUGGAACGCGCGCAGUCUCCUCUCCGCCGUCCACCAUGUCCACCAUGCUCGAUCCUUCGUCUCGUCCUCAGGCAAUGGGCCCAACAACGGAGAUAAUGGCACGGGUUCAAACGCGGCGAAAGGCGAACCGCAUUCUGGGCGAAAGCCUUUGAUCCGUCAUGUGGAACACAACCCGCGAACUAAGUCAAGAGCGCAAUCUGGGUCAAAGCCUUUGAUCCGCACGGUGGUUAUGGGAACGGGAAAGCAUAGACCAGAUGAGCAGACGCCUCUAAACCAAAGACGACGCAAGCACAAACCAAGAUCAGAUCCCGCAGAUUCCCAGCCUGCAAAGGUGCUGAGCGCAAGCGACCAGCGGUUGAACGAACUGGAGACGCUGCUGAACCAAGCUAGGACUCAAUUGGCGGAAUUGCAAAAAGAUAAACCGGAACAAGGCCAUAACGACAGAAUCCCGACUUUUGGAAAGGACGUGUCAAAAGAAUGGCAUUUGCCUAAAUUCUCAGAAGAUCAGGUCCAUCCAAAAGAAACAAACGAAGCGAAGAAGGACUCGGGAUCUGAAGACGGUUCGGGGAUUCGAUAUCUAUCGAAACAACCAGGGAAACCGUUACCCCACACUAAAGCAGACGCUAUUCCACAAAGCUUGCGUGGAUCUCAGCCAUUCCCUCCGGCGGACCAGCAGGACCACCACAAGUCGCUGGCAGAAGAGCUUUUCCCCGAAGAGCCUAAGACCGAUGAUUCUCAAGCAGGACCCCAUCGCCAACGCAAAACCGAUUCGGAGGCCAAAUCACCAAAGCUUGCUCUCAGGGACUUCAUACCGGCCAGGGACUCGAGGGGGUCGCGCGAGUCACGGGCGUCUGAAGUAGCGGAGACCGAGGCUGAAGGGUCUUUAUUGCCGGAACUGUUCCCUGAGCUUGCCGCAGAAAGAAAGGCUGAGGAAAUGAAGACGCAGCCCGAGCGUGAGGUUCCGAGGCUGCGACUCGAGGCGGAUAUGGAGGAGCAACCCCAGCCUGCCCGCAAAUCCUUGACGCAACAAUACAUGGAGAAGAUCGAGGCCACCGCAGCAGAGAAGCUCGUAGUCCUCUGCCUGUAUGGCGCCAGUAAGCAUCUGAGCGAAGAGGAUUUCCGGCGGGUACUGCCUCCCAGCCAGCACGUCGAAGGCUGGGCUGGGCCUGGAGAGUUCAUUAAAGUAAUACCCCAGCGCGACGAGAUAACGCUCGAGCAACUAGACCGAUACUACAUUGUCUUCCCGAACGCCGAAUCCGCACGCAUCUACCAAGGCUGCGCAUACCGGUUCCACGAGAUGGCAAGCCAACACACGCCGACAUCACUCACAUCACCGCUAGCAACCCCACCGGACGUAGACCAAGUCCUCGGGACCAAGAAAAACAUGCACCACGCCAUAACAUCCUUCACAAUAAACCUCGGCACGCCACUAAAUCUGCACCUCAUCCCACAGCCCUACUUCCCGCACUUCGCGCGCUUCCUGCACCGCGGCGGCUACGAGAACGUGGCGCUGAGCCCGCACGACAAGGACAUCGGCGCGCGCGUCCUCUUCCGCCUCGACGGCGCCCAGCCCUCGCUCUGGGACCUGCAGCGCGCGCUGCAGCACGACUCGCGCAACCGCGGCAAGCCGUGGCGCAUUACGACGGCGCCGGACGGGCCCAAGGGCGUCAUUAAGCUGGAUCUGACCAGCCGCAACGAGGCCGUCGGCGAGGAUGGCUCGCCCACUUUGCUGCGCAGGACCGCGCCCCGCUAUGUUAUUAAUUUUGAAAAUAAGGCGGAGGCCGUCCGUUUUGUUAAGGAUUGGCAUCGUCGCCCGUUUCAGUGGGAUCCGAAUGGCGCGUAUGAGAAUGGUGAGGAUGCGCCGAUUGCGAGGGCCGAGUUGCUGUGGUGAUGAGUGGGCUUUGGGGUGAGCGGUGGGUGGUGAUGGUGGUGGUGAUGAUGGUGGGGACGGAAAGGGGUGGGUUGGAUGAGAAUGAUACCUUUGUUUAUCGAGUAUCUUGUGCCUAUUUCUCACAAGAACAUAGUGUGAAUGAAUUGUGUAGAAAUGGACGUUAUGACUGGACCAGACCCGGGAUGCAUUUGUUCCAGAAAUCCAUCUGCGGUUUUUUUCCCCGCGUCGGUUGAUUGGUUAGGCUUGUUUGCUUGCUUGUCUUUUGUCUGUCGUUAUUACCUAGCUUUGAGGAUUUUGGGGAUUGUUCUUGGGCGUGGGCUUGCGUGGGGGAAUGGGUACAUACAUAUAUGGACG